GCACUUAUACGCCUGGUUCGGCCCUCAUACCGCCUCAUGGUUUUGUUCCCACGAAGAGCGGGAGGAAAGCUAUCCGAGACCAACAGAGUGAGGGAGAGAGAGAGACAGAGAGGAUGCAUGGCUGCAGCAUCAGAGCUCUUUGGAUUCUGAACCUUCAAGAUACCGUAGUAUUCUCUCGGAGAUUUCCGGUUGUGGAGAAGCGUUGGCGAUUGGCUUGCCAGAGGGAGAAGGAGCACCCCGAGGACAGCGAGAAUGGUGGAUGCGUAAAACCUUUGCUUCCAACCGAUCCGGAGCUGGCGUCAGCUUUUGCUGAGAGGAAGCGACGGGAAGGUUCUGCUCGUGGUUAUGGCAUUCGUCUUAGUCAUUCUACUCAAGAUUCAGAUUCUUGGAUUGAUGAUCCUAUCACUCGACACAUUAUAAUGCUUCAUAUAAACAGAGAGGAAGAAAAUGAAUACACGUUGUGGCCAUUAGUGUUACAUAUAAAGGGUGUCUUUUAUAUCCUUGUUUUACCUCUUGUUGAACCUCAACAGUAUAAAUCAUAUAUGAGAAUGUGUAGGCGCUCGGAUUGUGGAAAUGCCGGCGGAGUGGUUGAUGGCCUUUCUUCUCUUCUACUUAAUCUUCCUUGCAUCACAGGGGCUUGUGUAGUUGCACAAACCUUAGGGGACAUAAUUACUGGUGAUUUGGCAGACCCUGAGGUUGUUACAAGUUCAUCUCCCUCUGUUGGUGGAUUGCUUGAUUCUCUAACUGGUAGUAUAGGAAUGUCUGGCAUUUCUGCUAGGGCGAAACCUGCUUUGGCACCAGUUGUAGCUUUAACUACUUCAGGUGCUUCAUUGGUUGGUGCCGUCAUGUCAGAUGCUCCUAGAAGUACUUCCAGACCUAUUGACAAAGAUGUUUUGCGCUCUUUUAUUUCGGCCUCAAUGCCCUUCGGGACACCUCUUGACCUCAAUUUCACCAACAUAGCUGCGAUAAGGGCCAAUGGAUUUUCUUCAGCAGAUCCUCCGCUGGCAGACCUCAAGCAACCUGCAUGGAAACCUUACCUUUAUAAAGGAAAGCAGCGGAUACUUUUUGCUAUUCACGAAGUUGUCAAUGCUGCAAUGUAUGAUCGAGAUGAAAUUUCAGAUGCCAUAUCAAUCUCAGGCCAAGUAAACUGUAGAGCUGAGUUAGAGGGAUUGCCUGAUGUAUCACUUCCUCUAACCGGGCUGAAAUCAGCUAAUGUUGAAGUUCUGUCAUUCCAUCAUUGUGCUCAAGUAUCAGAACAUGGAGUUGAUAAGCAAGCCUUUAUGUUUUCUCCGCCACUUGGUAAUUUUGUCUUGAUUCGCUAUACGGCCUCGUGCAGCCUUGAUCCUCCAGUGAAAGGCUUCUACCAACUUUCAAUGGUCUCAGAGGAUGAAGGUGCAUUUUUAUUCAAAUUAAGGUUAAUGGAAGGCUAUAAGGCCCCACUUUCUAUGGAAUUUUGUACUAUCACAAUGCCAUUUCCGAGAAGAAGAGUAUCAUCUUUUGAUGGGAACCCUUCUAUUGGAACUGUUGCAAUGACUGAGCAUUCUGUUGAGUGGAAAAUCAUAAUCAGUGGUCGGGGUAUCACUGGGAAAAGCAUCGAGGCAACUUUCCCUGGAACAAUUAAGUUUUUCCCCAGGACUUCCUCAAAAGUAUCUACUCUGAAUAGAAUGGUUACUGGGAGAACAGUUGACGAAGAUAGUGAUGUGGAUCAGGAUGGUCCCAAUAAUAUGGCUAACAUUGAGGAGCACUUAAUGGAAGUAAUGAACAAGGACUUGCAAGCAGCAGAAUUGGAGGAGCCCUUUUGCUGGCAAGCGUAUAAUUAUGCCAAAGUAUCUUUCAAGAUUUUAGGAGGCACACUUUCUAGAGUGUCCAUUGAUCCAAAAUCUGUAAGAAUUUAUCCAACUGUGAAAGCACCAGUUGAAUUCUCUACGCAGACAAUCUCCGGGGACUACAUACUUUGGAACACUUUAGGAAGAUGUCCAUCUGCGGUCUAUCCGAAACUACAAUAAUAUGAUCUGGAUGGUUUGUAGCCAAUCGGACUGAAUUGUGUUUGUUUGUUAGGCUUUUGAUA